AUGGCGUCCACGUGGAUGAGUUUCAGAUGUGGCGUCAAAACUUUUUCCUUUCCCUUUCGAUCUUCUCUUUCUUUCUUUCUUUCCCUCCUAUUCUCCCGGAUUCCGUCUCUCCCUCCCUUUCUCUACUAUUUUCUCUCCCUGGAUUUGUAAUGGCGGAGACCUCUACCCUCUCUUUCUCUACCUUUUCCACCAUUCCUUCCAUUUCUCGAUCCAGAGAAUACAAUUUCUCUCCCUCCUCUUCUUUUUCGAGAUUCUCCAUCUCGCGUUCUCGUAACCCUCGUUUGCUUCGAUUCACCGUCAAAGCAUCCGAUUCUGGUAGCUUCUUCGGCGAAGAUUCUCUCGGUUUCUUUCCCUGGUCCGAUGGCGACAACGCUAUCGAAUGGGUUCAGGAGGAAAGAGUUACAUUGUUCAUGGCUGAUGGGCUCAUCCAGAUUGGAGGCUCCAUGGUUCCUCGACGUGUAAUUUCUGCUAAGCAAGGGAUUACCAAAAACAUUCAAAAAACUCAACGUUUUCAGGAGAGUGAUUACAUGGAUCCAAAGCAGGAACUAUGCCUGGGUGCACUUUUUGAUAUUGCAGCCACCAAUGGGUUAGAUUUGGGCAGAAAGCUUUGCAUCUUUGGAUUUUGCCGUUCAAUUGAGAUGCUAAGCGAUGUUGUUGAAGACACAGUCUUGGAGCAUGGUGGAGAGGUGGUUGCUGCUGAGAAGGCAAGCAAAGGUGGUUUGCAUGAAAGGCUAACCAUGACUGUAGCUGUGCCAUACCUUUGGGGGGUUCCUCCUGUUUCUGAAACACUUCACCUCGCUGUUCGCAGUGGCGGAGGGAUUGUGGAGAAGGUUUAUUGGCAAUGGGAGUUCUUGUAGAUUUGACUUAAAUCCUUCUAACAUUGUUCACGCAUGUUGUACAUAAAUAUGUUGUUUUCCUCUGUACAAAAUUAUAAUGAUUGCUGUGUACAUGUCCUGUAUGAGUUGAUGUCAAUAUCAAUUGAUUAUUUUCAGUUGUCUUUUGGUUCAUUCCUAAUUUGCUCAAGUCUAGUGUAGAAUUGUGAAGAUGCUUACUUUUAAAGCGGCUCAUCAUUUUUGUUCUUUUGAAACAA